AUGAAACAAAAAACAGCUAUUAUUGUGAUUGAUUGUUCUCAAAUUUUAAGUCGAUGGUUUAAAAGUUAUCUUCGUCGAACUGAUCAAUAUCCGUCAUUAUCAAAUAGAAUAUUAUAUCGAUAUCAAAUUCAAGGUUUCUGUACAAAAUCUAAACCUUCUGAAGAUAUUGAAAAUAAACCAAAUAAUACUUCUAAUGUUGUUCAAAAACAAGAAAUUGCUCAAGAAAGACCUCGUAUUCAACAACAACAACCGCAAGAAGUCGAUUGUUCUUCUUCUUUAUCAUUUGAACCAACUGAUCAAGAAAAAUUUUUAUUUGAAAGAAUUUGGGAUAAUCGAAUGCGAAUAGAAAUGCAGCAUCAACAGUUAAUGAUGAAAGCAGCACGUUUACUAUGUUUUUCAUCGAUUAAUAAUGACUCUUUUAUGCAUAAAAAUACAAAUUAUCAACUUAAACUAUUUAGUUGUUAG